UGACAUGAUCAACAAGUGCACACGAGUGGCUGGGUUACUGAUUACUGAUGAUGUUAUAGUUUGUUAGUGAUAAGGCUCUUGCUUUAAGCGCAAAGUCCUGCCAAGUACAACGAGCCUGCAGCUACUUCACCACAUCCAUCCCAUCCUUCACAAGACCACUGCCGCCUCUAAGGUCCUUCACUGCGGUUUUUUUUUCGGCUUCCUUUCUUCUGUUGAGCACGUCAGCAGCAUCAUGAGUGUGGAGUCCAAAAAAACACGUGAGGCUUGCUGCUCCAAGCUGAAGCUCUUCCUGGCCUCUAUGUCAUUUGUAUACUUUUCCAAAGCCUUUGGUGGAGCCUAUAUGAAGAGCUCCAUCACCCAGAUUGAGAGGCGCUUUGAUAUCCCCAGCUCCCUCAUAGGAGUUAUAGAUGGCAGCUUUGAAAUGGGAAACCUGUUGGUGAUAGCCUUUGUAAGCUACUUUGGCGCGAAGCUCCAUCGUCCCAGGCUGAUUGGUAUUGGUUGUGUAAUCAUGGCUGCAGGAUCUUACCUCAUCGCCUUGCCUCACUUCUUCCAGGGACUGUAUAAAUAUGAGACCAGCAUGUCUCACACUACAAAUAUCAACAGCACUGAGAGUACCCUGCCCUGUCUGGCCAAUCACAGCCUGGUUGAAGCAGAUGAGGCACCCGAUUUAGACGCUAGAACAGCUUGUGAAAAGGCAGCCGGCUCUUCCCUGUGGAUCUAUGUAUUUUUGGGAAACAUGCUGCGUGGGAUUGGAGAAACUCCAGUCAUGCCUCUGGGUGUGUCCUACCUGGACGACUUCUCCAGAGAAGAGAACACGCCUUUCUAUUUGGCCUGCAUCCACACAGUGGGAAUCCUAGGACCCAUGUUUGGCUUCAUGCUCGGGUCCUUCCUUGCCAAGAUCUACGUGGAUGUUGGAUCUGUGGAUUUAGACAGUGUCACCAUCAACCACAAAGACUCCCGCUGGGUGGGGGCCUGGUGGCUGGGCUUCAUAGUGACUGGCACCAUUAUCCUGCUGUCCAGUAUCCCAUUCUGGUUCCUGCCCAAGUCUUUGCCCAAGCAGGGGCAAGAGCAGAGCCAGAGUAAGGCCACAGAGCUCGCCACAGUGGCAGAGCAGGAGAAUUUCCUGCCAGACGAAAACCAAGAACAUGAGGAGAAGCCGCUUACAUUCCAGGAGCUGGCUAAAGGUUUCAUUCCAUCUCUGAAAAGACUCUUCAAUAACAGGAUCUUCACGCUGAUGGUCCUUAUGUACCUUGUGGCUGUUAACGGCUUCAUUGGCAUGAUCACCUUCAAGCCAAAAUUCUUGGAGCAAAUCUACGGCCAGUCCGCCUCCAAGGCCAUUUUCCUCAUAGGUAUACUUAACCUGCCAGCAGUAGCUUUGGGUAUCAUCACCGGAGGUUUCGUACUGAAGCGUUUUAAGCUGGGUGUCAUCGGAGCAGCCAGGGUGUCGAUGACGGCUUCCAUCGGGUCCUUAUGUCUGCUUUUCAUGCAGGUCUUCAUCAGCUGUGACAAGGCAGAGGUGGCAGGUCUCACAGUCACAUAUCAGGGGGUUCCUCAAGUGUCCUUCAACCAACAGACCUUGCUGUCAGAGUGCAACAUGGGCUGUUCUUGCUCAAUGAAGCAUUGGGACCCAGUUUGUGCCUACAAUGGAGUGACGUAUGCCUCGCCCUGCCUGGCAGGCUGCCAGACCUCCACUGGCACUGGAAAGGAAAUAGUGUUUCAUAACUGCACCUGCACUGGUGAGAUAAUGACUCCAGGCAUGAACAUGUCCGCAGUGUUGGGCCAGUGCCCCAGGAGGAGCAACUGUGAUCACAUAUUCAAAAUCUACAUGGCUUUGUCUGUCGUGGGGUCUUUCAUUUCUGCCUGUGGGGGCACGCCGGGAUACAUCGUACUGCUCAGGUCCAUACAGCCAGACUUGAAGUCACUGGCUUUGGGUAUGCAGACACUGAUAGUAAGAACUCUGGGUGGGAUACCUCCUCCGAUAUAUUUUGGAGCACUGAUUGACAGAACCUGUCUGAAGUGGGGUACCAAGCAUUGUGGAGGCCGUGGAGCAUGUCGACUCUAUGACGCUGAUGCAUUCAGAAUGACAUUUUUAGGGUUGAUUACUGGACUCUACUGCCUUUCCAACAUGCUUUGGGGACUCCUCUACUUCACAAUUGUCAAAAGACAGAAGAAGUUAGCACUGAAGAAUCCGGCCAAAGAAAAUGGACUGGAGGGGGACACGGCAGGCAAUGGACAUGCCAACAUCAACAUUGCUCAAACCAAAGAAGAUGCAGACAAUGAGAGCACUGUUUAAGGUGUUUGAGGAAGGCAACGCCGUUGAAUAAUGCAGGUGGACGACAGAUUUUCCACAAGUACUGUGAUGCAUCCAUCACACAUACGACCUAAUGUGGGCAUGGUACAGUGUCAGCGCUCUUUGGUCUUCGAGCAGCACACUACUUUUCUUUUUUUUCUUUCUUUUUUUUUUUUUACACAGAUAUUGUGCUGAAAACAUCUACCACAGUUUGUUCACUUCAAAGGUCAAAGAUCUGGACUUGAGCAUAGUGUUAAUAUAAAUAAUCAAAUGACAUUAAAUGAUGUGCAUUCCACAUCUUUCCAAAAAUGCAUCAACUUAGAGGUCAUUUUUAGCUCUACUUCAAAACAGUUGGCUGUCUAGCAUUUAUACUUGAAUAGUAUUAGGUCAGAUAAUGAUAGUGAUGUCUCAUCCUACAGCUUUAAAGUCAUUUGCGUGCAGUGACUGUUUUGCCAACAUGUAUACAGUAUAUGUCCAAUAUAUGUACAGUGUAUAGUUUAGUAUAGUUUUAAAUACCAGCACAAGACAACUGCAGUGUUUGACAGCCAAACAUGUGGUAGCAACACUUUGUAAUAUUAACAACUGGUCAUGUUUUUUGGUAAUAGACAAUGUUUUCUUUCAUGUUUUUCAGUGAGACUGAGAGUUUGUUAGAAAUGUUAAAUCUUAUCCAUAGACUGUACAAAAAUAAUGCCAAUAGCCUUGUUUCAUUGCGUAUUGGUUUGUGGAGGUUUUGAAGCCAUGUUGGAUGUUUGAACCCAGAAGUGACCGUUUUGGGAUGGAAGGGUCACACUUUAUAGACUGUAGCAACAGCCUGUCAUUCAAAGCAGCCCUGCCCUUAUCUAUGCAAGCCUUAAUAACAUUAUAAUUUUUUUUAAAGUACAGUUAUCAUGAAUGUUGAAAUUAGAUAUAGAGACCAAAACAGUUUUUUGUACCAGGCUGUUUCUGUUGUAAAGUUGGUCAUAUUAAAAUUGGGGUCCAUGGGCAUUUACUCGCUCUUGGAGCCAACCUCAAGUGGCCACUAGAGGAACUGCAGUUUUUGGCACUAUCACAUCGGCUUUAUUUUUCAGCCUUGGAGGUUGCUGCUUGGUACAACACAUUUCCUGAACCACCAGUGUUUGGUGUCUGGAUAAGUUCACUAUAGUUCGGACAGUGGAUUAUGAAUGAGCAGAGUGUAACUUAAACUUGAUUGUACUUUGUUUUACUCUGUUAUUUAAGAUAAGACAAACAAUACAAAACAUUAUUAAUCCCACACUGGAGAAAUUCACACGUUACAACAGCUCAAGAGUUAGAAAGCAAGAGAAAAAUGCAAAAAAAAGUAGGUUAGUGGUUAAAAAAGGAUAAGGAUACUCUGUUAUUUUCAUAAUCAUCAACGAAAAUGUAUCAUCAGCUAAUAUAUAACUGCUGUUAAUUAUGAGAAUUUAUAUGUUGAGUUUUAGUAUGUUGCUACAUUUUGUUUCAUCAUCUUAUCCUUUUUUCUUUUUUACAGUUUCAUUGAUUGUCCUUGAAGUAUAUCUAUAAGCAUUAAAGACAAUUUUUCACAA